GGUGCCCUCAACGCAAGAUAGCUUAUCCGACGACCGACGCUCUCCACCGUUAAUCUCAUCUCUCCCCAUCAAACCCCUCCGUCAUCUUCACUCCACUCUCUCUCUCUCUCUCUGUGCGCUCGGAAGUCAGAAUCAAUGGCGUCUCUACGCCAUACUCCAACCUCAAUCCAAUCCAAUCACUCUCCACUCUCCGGAAACUUCGCCUCCCCUAGACCCCCCUUCAACCUCUCAUUCUCCGCCUCUACCUUCCCGUCUUCUCUCCAACUCAAUUUCGCCGCCACCACUGGCCGCCGCUCCCAUGGCGGCGCUCUCGGUGCCAAGAUGACUUCCAGCGCCGCCGCCAGCUACGCCCUCGCGCUCGCCGACGUCGCCAAGGCCAAUAACACCCUCGACUCUACGACCGCCGAUAUCGAGAAAAUCGAGGAAAUCUUUGCCGACCCUGGUGUUUUCUCCUAUUUCAACAACCCUACCAUAGAGACCGAGAAGAAGAAAAAGGUCGUGGAGGAAAUCGCCAUUUCCUCCAGCUUGCAGCCUCAUACUCGAAAUUUCCUCAACAUUUUGGUGGAUGCAAAGAGGAUCGAUCUGAUCAAGGAUAUCGCGAAGGAGUAUGAGUUCGUGUAUAACGAUUUGACGGACACGAAGCUUGCGAUCGUGAGCUCGGUGGUGAAGCUGGAAUCACAGCACCUGGCGCAGAUAGCGAAGCAGGUGCAGAAGCUGACCGGUGCGAAAAAUGUGAGAAUCAAGACCUUGAUUGAUCCAAGUUUGGUGGCUGGAUUCACGAUCAGGUAUGGGAAUUCGGGAUCUAAGUUGAUUGAUAUGAGUGUGAAGAAGCAACUUGAAGAAAUUGCUGCUCAGCUCGAUUUGGGCGAUAUCACACUCAGUUCAUGAACCUUCUUGGUGGAAAAAGUUCCAUCGUCAAUUUUAGUUGCUUUGAUGAACUGUCAAGCGUGUACAAGAUUCUUGCGGUAGCAUAUAUAUACACAUAUGAUUUUAAUUUUGGUAAA